GGAAACCGGAAGAAACCAACAUUGCAACCGCGUCACUCGGGGACCUCACAACAAAAGUCUAUGCACAAACCUUGUCUUUUCUUUUGCCUCGUUUUGGGUGUACACGACACCAUGCCCGUCACUUGUGCGUCAACGGGCUGCAACAAUAAGUUUGUAAAGGGGUCGGAAAUACGGUUUUAUCGGUUCCCACUCAGCAAACCUUCACUUUCCGCCAAAUGGGUUCAGAAUCUGGGGUUGAGAAACUUCAUCCCGACUGCCAACACCUGCCUGUGCUCAGAGCAUUUUUCGCCUGAUUGCUUCAGGGACUACAAUGGGAAACAGUUUCUGAGGGAGGAUGCCGUGCCGACCGUGUUCCCUACUGGGCAAGACUUUUCAAAGAUUGAACUACGAAAACGAGCAACGAUGCCACUACCCAAGGAUAGCAGCAUAACAAAUUACAUGGGACCACAAGCAGAGAGGGACAAAGCGAGAGAGGUUUCCAGUGUACGUAGAGAAAAAAGAGGCAGCUCAAGAGGUGGACGAGGUGGCCGUGGUGGAAAACAACUGUCUGACAGGCAGAGCCUUGGGGGCAAGAGCAGAGUUUACGACAGCAAAGCUCACGCAAAUGUGGAUUUGAGUGCCGCUGUGACAGGAAGUGGCUUUACGAGCAGAUGGAGGUGGAAGGAGGAGAGAUCAUCCGCAACAAGUUUGCUUUUUAGUAAAGCAAGGCUACAUCAACGGAUGCUCGGAACCAAAACUUGUUCCUUCCAACAAUUCAGCUACACCCAGCUGUUGGGAGUAUGAAGGAGUCAGGACUGUUUGUUUUUUGUUUUAGUUUUUUUAAAUACAAGAUGACAACAUGAAACAUUACUGCCCCUGUUAGAAGAGUAUGCAGUGCAAUGUGAGUAUUUUAAUUCAUUUGGGUUUGCCUUCUUUUGCUUUUGGAUCCCUUUUUAUUUACUCGUGUGAAAACCUUUAUUUUUGUGCCAAUAUAUGUCAAUAAACUUUAUCCCAACUUUUUGCAUUGGUGAUGAUAGUGCUGUGACCCAUCUUAAAGGUCCCAUAGAGUGACACUCUGGACUUAGUAUAAAAGUGUCAAUUUCAUUUAAAAAAACACCUUGGUUUUGUUAUACGUGUCACCGGAAAAGGCCCCUCUGACAGCUACUUCCGUUUGAUCUAGUUUUGUAUCCGGUUCGUCCACACCCUUUCCUUUUCUUGGUUUCCUCCGUAUAGAAGACCCACUUGUGAGAGCACACGUGUUUAUGUCGACAGCGCUGGCUGGGUAGCAGAGAGGGAGGGCAGAUAUCUUCGUUAGUGACGUAGAUAAGCUGGAGAAAUUCGAAUGGCCUCAUUUCAGGCCUCUCGGCACAAAAACGUCUGGAACUCAGUAGUGUGGGGACGAUUUUAAUACAUAUUUUACAUGUUUACUGAGGCAACAUAGAGCCAAUGUUACAUUCCAAAUACUAGAAAAAGUUGGUUUGGUAAAAUAUGGCACCUUUUAAAAGAGAUCUGGUGAAGAAGUUACUUCAACCUAAAAGGCCAGGAGGAACCAGAGGGAGCAACUCUUCAUCUCCCUGUAACCUCUAGGAGUGGAAUGAGGGGUAGCCCUAGGUCUUAUCUCGGUAGUCCUUUUCUGAGUCUCAGGCUGUUCAAGUUGGUUCUGAUGGUCCUAUGUUCGGAGCCCCGGAGUGUGUACUGACUGGCUCUUAACGGUCCUUUGUUCUGACCUUCAGUUCAAAUGUUCAAAUUUAAAUGGUUGUAUCUGUCAUUUGAAUGUUGAGUAAAACCUUUUGAAUUAGGUUGUUGGUUGAUCUAUAUUGUUCAGUGAUUUUCAAGUAUUUGAAAAAAUAAUUGAUUAGUUUUAAAGUAGAAAAAAUAAGUGGGUGAGUUUCCCCUUGAUUUCCCUGGUCUGUCUCAAUUUACCUUAAACCUGGGGUAAAGUGAGACACGAUAUUUUAUUUUUUUAUAAACAAUCAUAUUUUCACUGCCCUUUGUCCUGAAUACAUUCUGAUAAUUUCAAUUGUGAGGAAUGUUAAUGGGGAAUGUGUUCAUUUUACGUCAUCACGUCUUGCGUCUUGCCUACAGAGGAGCAUAUGUGAGGAAUGUCUCACUGUACCCAAGUCUCCCCUACUCUCAGCUGCUGUUCGGUGCAUAGGUACAAACAACAGUCAGGACACACAUCCCCCAACCCGUAGGUGGAGGUAGUCUUCUCUGUCGUCUACCGGGGUGAACCCCAACAUACAGGCACAGAGCCGACCCCGCAUACCAGCUCAGGCUCUUUCCUUCCCAGAUAGGUGAUGCAGAGCUCACACUGCACCUGACCCCAAUAGCCCCUCCCACAGGUGGUGAGCCAAUGGGAAGGGUUACCUACAUUAUCUCUCUGGGCUGUGCCUGGAUGGGCCCCAUGGAUGCAGACCAUAUAAAAACAUCCAUGCUAAAUAAAUAAUAAAUGUUGACUCAACCUCGAUAACAUUUGUUGCCGCCACUUCUUGCAUAUACCAACAUGUUGGCACUAAUGGUGUUAUGGCUUCUGGAAAUGUCUCUUACCCAAUAGUUGAAAGAUUUCUAUGAAGGUAGUUUGGCUCUCAUGUCUUGUUUCUUUUUACUGUUGCAGAUCAGAAUGAGCUUUAUUGGACAAUUAUGUUACAAGACACAAGGAAUUUGUCUUCGGUAGUUGGAGCCACUCUAGUACGACAACAAACAGCCAGUAUGAAGAAGUACACUGUACAUUUAGAACAUAAAAGGAUAACAUGGAUCUAAGUGUAACUGUAAGUGUAACACCAAUCUCCAUAUAUUCUAAAACAAACCUAUGAUGACAACAUCAAUGCAGUCCUUAGUAAUGGAAAUGCAACGGAAAGAUUUAAGUACGCAGAUGUCAUGACAUUUGUUCAGUUAUACUGUUCUCCAUGUUGUGUUUCCUUACAAAAUGUAAUUUCUCACAACUUCAUGCAAGGUGAGGUAGUGACUCUGACCCAGUUGCCAGUACCUCCCCCCCACCUUGAUAAACUGUUGGAUUUAUCUUACCCAACAUUAUAAUAGACACAAAAGGAAUGAAGACGCUGGUUUCUUUUUCUCAUGAGGAGGGCGUAUGGGAGAUUGUUCAGAUCACAGUCUCUCAACACGCUCUAAACAAUCCUCCCCCCCCUCGCUCCUGCUUUUAUUUGAAAUAGGAGGGAUUUACAAAUCAUAAUGUUCUAAGCAAUAAGACACAACACAAAAUAUUUGAUAAUAAGAGGGUUUUUCCCAGACAUAGUAUUCUAAGUAAUAAGACACAACACAUAAUAUUGAACCAACACCUGUCACGACCCGACCACAUCCGAUCACGUCCUUGGUCCAGGCGCCCUUCCAUCGGAUGAUGCUGAGUCUUCUUUUUGAACGCGAGACAUCUAAAAUUGUCCAUUAUACUAAUGCAAGCUAAGCAAAUAAAUGAUAACUUCUACAAUUUAUCUAACAUAAACUGCAUUCUUCCAAGCCGCCCUGCCUUGAGACUACCACAAGAAGACGCCCACUGGACCCUAAAGUAAUUAGCAGGGCCCCUCGAAAUCUGUAUUUUAUAUUAAUGUAUAAUUUUAAACUCAUUUUAUGGACAAAGUGGUAGACUAGAUUCAAGCUGAUGGGUGUGGCCUUGUCUGGUCCUCGGUCAUCUUCGACACGCCCCCGGGGUAUUUAACUCCUGACUCCCGCCUUCUUGGCGCUGGUGUUUUUUUUUUUUUUUUUUGGCUAACCUCGCUGGCCUCCGCCACCCCUCUCCUUUCUUUGUUCGGGCAUGUGGCUCGGUAACCGCGGGCCUUGGGGAUGGAGACUUUUUGUUUCAUUUUUGUGCAUCUUUGUCUUUAACCAACCCUACCUACUCCCCACCCAGAGAGACCACUCCCAGAGACCAGCUGAUGUACGUUUGUGAGUAGACACUGUAAGUGUUUGCCAGACUGAACGAUAUUAGUGCCUAAUAAUAUUGGGGAAGUUACUAGCUUCGGACAAAAUCUCCACUUUGUCCUCUCUCGCUCUCUCUCUCUCUCCCAUCCACACCGGAUGCAUUAAACGCUCACACUUUCAACUUUAGUCCAACACACGAUCUUCUAUUUCCCUUUUCAUACGCCUAUUUUCUUUCUUUCACCAUUAUUGGUGUUAUUUUCUUUCUUUAGUUAGACCCCUUUGUGUUUUUCCCUCUAGAUCCCUUGUAAAUGUCAUUAAAUAGUCUAUAAAAUUGCGCUCUUGGUUGUGUUUUGUGUGUGUUCUGAGUUUAAGUAAGCCUCUGUCAUCUAGAACUAAAAACUAUAAAAUGUAGCAACCUUCAGAUUACGAGACUGAUAAAAAGGUUUCGCAGCACUUUCCCUAUUUAUUUGUCUCAGUGCCCUUUGCACAAUGGUCAUUGCACCGGACUAUUGCGAUAUUAGCCAUUCGAACUGAGGACUCUGCAUCUUUUUGCACAAUUGUUGUUUGUUGUUGUUUUUUGUCAAUGUCUUUGUCUCCAAAGUGUUCUGUAAAUUGACUGUCUGUUGUACUAGAGCGGCUCCAACUACCGGAGACAAAUUCCUUGUGUGUUUUGGACAUACUUGGCAAAUAAAGAUGAUUCGGAUUCUGA